UGUUAUCACAGGCCAAGACCUUCGAUAUUCUUUCCGCAUUACGCAUGUACGUAUACAAAAUAUUUCACCUUCUGACUUUCUGUAGUCGGUCAACAUUUCCGUCACAUUCCUGGUAACGCGUCUGCGAAAUGUGACCUGCUUAUCUUGUAUCUCUCACGAAAUUCCGCUAUGCAGCGUUAGUGGACGACUCUUCAAUUCAAAGACCUCUACACAUCGUUCUAGUACACUACAGAAGACCAAUGUUCCGCCCCAAUACAUUCAAGAUAUUCCGACUUUGAUAUGCCAGUGCACGAUGCAAAAUCGUGACCUUCAUCAUGUCUGUCUGAACUGGUGGAAUGCGGGGAGCUUUCGUGAUCAUAGUUAGUCACUCUUUCAAAAAGCGCGAGGAUAGUUCGUGUAUAAGAGGGCGCAUGGUCGAGACAAGGAUGGAUUCAUUCCCUACAUACGUCAAACUAGUGAUCUUUAGUACUCGUCAACAAUCAACAAACAUAGUAUGAAGGUUCUCGCUGUGCUCUACAAUGGCUUCAAAGCUGCGAUUGAAGAACCAAGACUCCUCGGAACCGUCGAGAACAAGCUUGGAAUGGAUAGAUGGCUUGCUUCCCGAGGACAUGAAUUCGUCGUUACUAGUAGUAAAGACGGACCUAAAAGUGACUUUGAAAAGCACAUCGUCGAUGCUGAAGUCUUGAUUACCACGCCGUUCCAUCCUGGAUAUCUGACUCGAGAGUUGAUGGAAAAGGCCAAAAACCUCAAAAUUUGCAUCACUGCCGGUGUAGGCUCAGACCAUAUUGACCUUAACGCUGCCGUGGACCAUAAGAUCCAAGUUCUGGAAGUAUCUGGGAGUAAUGUCACCAGUGUAGCGGAACACGCAGUGAUGAGCAUGUUAUUGCUCGUUAGGAACUUUGUUCCUGCUCACGAAAUGAUUGAGCGCGGAGACUGGCAAGUCUCUGACAUUGCCCGCAACGCGUUCGACAUUGAAGGUAAGACCAUUGGAACCAUUGGUGCCGGUAGAAUCGGGUACAGAAUCAUGCAAAGGCUUUUGCCUUUCAACCCUAAAGAAUUGUUGUACUAUGACUACCAUGAGAUCCACCCCGAAGCGGAGAGUGCAGUGAACUGCAAUCGAGUUGGGACUGUUGAGGAAUUGGUCUCCCAAUGUGAUAUUGUAACCGUGAACUGCCCUCUUCAUGAGGGUACGCGAGGGAUGAUCAACGAUCAUCUUCUUUCCACUUUCAAACCUGGCGCAUGGCUCGUCAAUACUGCCCGCGGCGCCAUCUGUGACGAACACGCUGUUGCGAGGGCCUUGGCUAGCGGGCAGCUACGUGGAUACGCCGGUGAUGUUUGGAACGUUCAACCCGCGCCGAAAGACCAUCCCUGGCGCUCUAUGAAGAAUCCCCUCGGUGGAGGUAAUGGCAUGGUCCCGCACUACUCUGGUACCACUCUGGAUGCUCAAGCACGCUACGCUGCGGGUACAAAGAGUAUAUUGCAAAAUUACCUCGACGGAAAACCCCAGGCGCAUCAGAAUGUCAUCGUUGGCACGGGAAAGUAUGAGACGACUUCCUAUGGGAUACAUUAAGUUUAACGUGUUCGUAAUUGAACUUCAGUAUAAUUAAGGAAGAAAUUGCGUCUGUUUACGCCGUACUACAGAACUUGUGAAAUAACGAAUACUGUAUUUUGAUAUUAUACAAGCCAAUACGUGUGGCAUGUCAUCGAUAGCAUUUCGAUAGCUCGAUGUGACCAGAUGUAAAGGGAAAGAAUAUAUUCAAAUUGGCGUCACAUGAAUUG